AGACAAAAAAGAAAAGAAAAGGCGACUGAUCAAAAUUCCCAGAAGGAGCAUAAGUUAAAUUUGGGCUCCACGUGUCAAAUAUUUGUAGCUUUGGUUUGUCCGAGGUCAAUUCACAGGGUCCCAUUUUUGGGUGUUCACUUCCACCCCAAGUUUUUUAAAAUUUGCGCUAAUUUUAAGGUUGAUAUUUUAGGAUGUGUGGACACUUGCUCAAUCUUUCCAUAUCUCCUCAUUUUACUUUAUUUGGAGAAGUAUGAAGUAUGAACAAACAAGGUCUGUUGUGUGUUCUCAAUUCAAAAGGUUCAAUUUUUUUAUUCAAAAUUAUGAUACAGAAUUGUGGGGCUGCAAUAUUGUCGAGUAUUCUUUUGUUUUUUAAUGGGGUUUUCCUGUUCUUGAAUCAGCAAUGUUUCUUUAUGCUUACACUAAUCAAGAUUCUGGUUUUAAUCUUUAAGGUUAUUUGUGGUUGUCUAGGCUUAAAAUGUUCAUUCCAAGAUGCUGAGAGGUGACUUAUUAUAGUGGAUAGUUCCUUUGUCCUUUAGACAUACAUUAUUCCUCAUACAUUAUUCCACUUGUGUAUCAACUUGCUGUUCUUGCUUGAAAUGAGGGGUAGGCAUUAGAGAAAUAUGGCAGUAAUGAUGAGAAAUCUAGCGGUUCCUGAGAAAAUUCUUUGGCAUAAUGUAUGUGGAGAGUAUGGAUAGGAGUUGGCAUGUUAGCUAUGUUACACCACGGCUGUGUUCGACUCCUAGCAUUUUAUUUAAAAUCUAUUUUGAAGAAUCCAUACUCAUUCUUACAGUUUUGACACUUGUAUGUAGAGGCAAAGAAGAUGGUUAAACUUCUAAUUUUCUCUGCUUCACACAAUGGAGAUGCUGCUCCUUGGGACUUCAGCUAUAUUGGAACUAAGCGUUCCCUAAAUUUACCAACAAAAAUAGAAUUGGGAGACUGUUUCAAAGGCAAUGUUCGAAACAAAUUGUAAAAGAUGUGAAACACUUGGUGUCUAACUGAUGUGCUUGGGAGAGGUAUUUCUUGUGAAGUUGCUGAACAUCCGCCUAUUUGGACUCGGCGGAGCCUUCUGAUAAAUCUAUACAAAGAUUUUGAGCUCAAAAAAGUUGUUUCACCAGGAACAUUUUCGUAUCAAAACAGGAAUAAAUUGCUGGGCUGGUAGGUCAAAAGCAGUGCAACAGAUAUGAAUAUCCACUAGAGAAAGGUUUUAAUAUGCCAUGGUUGUCCUGAAAGAGGAAGGAACAAGGGGAAGCACUUGAAUUUAUGACCCUCCUUGCCUUAAAACUAGAUAAGAUUUGCCCAUUAUCAUGUGGAGAAGCAGCAAUGCGACUCUGAAGGUCAAGCAGAUUGAGUAUUUGGAUCCCAAGGCUGAGAUAGAUGCACAUUAGAUUUGCUGUGACCAUCUGGGGGUAGAGCUUCAACAGCAUGUGCUUUUGAACGUGAGGUGAAGUGUGAAAGCCUUCUCACCACCUGUUGCUUCCAUCGUCCAGCUGUCAUCAGCAACGCCCCUCGUGUUACAAAUCUCGUUUCUAUAUUAAGUUUUCUUCCUGGGCGAUCAAAACAAGGUGUUUCACGAAGCGCUCUCAGGAUUAAGUGGGCAGCUCGAUUUGUUCAAUUCAAUGCAGGUCGAUCACCAACUAGCUGAUCACUCUAACCAGGAUCCACUGGUUCUUCUUCAGCAUGCUUCACAACUGAUGUCCUUUGGUAUAAGCAACAUGGAAGACGUUGACCCAGAAAUGCAGUUGGUUGAAGCGUAUCGUGAGGGUUUGAAUGAUGUAAGAGAAGUCUCUGGACAUACUGAAGAGAAGCAGCCAGUAUAUCAACGUAUGAGAUGGACAGAUGAAAUGGUUAAGCUUUUGAUUACUGCUGUUUCUUAUAUCAGAGAAGAUGCUUUGUCCAACGAGAUUUUCAUCAAGAAGGGUAAAUGGAGGGCGAUUUCCUGUGUUAUGACUGAAAGAGGUCAUCAUGCGUCUCCUCAGCAAUGUGAGGAUAAGUUUAAUGAUCUGAAUAAAAAAUUCAAGAGAUUGAAUGAUGUACUUGGGAGAGGCACUGCAUGUGAUGUCGUGGAGAACCCUGCGCUUCUGAAAACGAUGGACCUGUCUUACAAUUUGAAAGAGGAAAUGAGCAAGCUCAUAGGUAGGAAACAAUUAUUCUACCAAGAAAUGUGCUCAUACAACAAUCGGAAUAGAUUGUUCCUGCCCCAUGAUCAGGAAGUUCAGCAAUCUGUGUUUUUGGCUGUGAAGGGUCUUUACAAGUAUGAGACCAAUAGCAUGUUGCAGGAUUUUCCUUUGAAGAGGAAGAUAGGAGAAGGAGAAGAAAGAGUUCCAAAUAUGGCCCAUGCAGAUCUGAAUUUGGUGCAGGAUAUGCCUGCAAAGAGGAAAGUAGGAGGAGAAAGAGAUUUGAAUAUGGCCCGUUCAUCUCUGAAUGGUACCACUACAUCAGAUCCAAAUGUGCUUCAUCCUAAUUGCAAUGGGAUUCACGUUUCUAUGAACAAUGAGGAGAAAGAAAUACAGGAUGAGCAUAUUCUCCCUCGCUUACUACAAUUGGAAGAACAAAAGCUACAGAUUCAGGCCCAAAUUCUGGAAUUGGAGAAGCAGAGGUUCAAGUACAUGAGACUCUGCAGUAAAGAGGAAAAGGAGCUACGACUGAUGUUGCUGGAUAAUGAGGUUAUCAAACGUGAGAAUCAGCGAUUGGUGCUUGAACUCAAGCGUGGUGGAAUACAGCCUUCUGACUGAAUCAUGUACCAGGGCUGCAGUAUAUGUGGUCUGUACUUUUCCGUCUUGAAGCACCUUCUGUUUAGUUCUCAAUGUAUAUUUUCUCUUCUUGUUCAUGUUUUCUAUCUUUUGGUGUAGGAUGUGCAAACUUUUAAUCUCGUCUUUGCUCGGCCUUA